AUGUGCUUUUCAGCCGCAAAGUGGAAAAGAGAGCACGUCAAAGACCACAAAUUUGACUUUAUUGACGUAGACUCGUUUGAAGAACAUACUUGUUCAUCAUGGAUAGGAUAUUUUUUCGUCAUGCUUAUGAUAUUAAAAUCCGUUCUUGUCCAUAUUGCCGAUAUUUGGACCGCUGGAAUUUUACUCAUUUUUGACCAUUGGAGCAAUUCAAUUCAACCUCCAAUUCCUUUCUCUGUCUCGAAAUGGAUCUUUGUCACCUGUAUAUUUAUGUCUUUUGCUCUUUUAUUAUGGGAAAUUAAGAAAGCUCGUUUUAUACGAAAGACUAGAGAUAUUUCAUUCGCAUUCACAAAUGGAAUUGCAUACAAACUUUAUAUUUUAACUGGUCAUUCAUAUUACUGUUUUUUCUCUAAAAUAAAUAACUCGAGGAAAUGUACUGAUAAAAUCGCCUUUUUUGUAUUCUUUGCAUUUAAAGGUUGGAAACGUCUUCUUCUUGCUGAGGCUCCUCGUCAAGCUAUUAGUGCAAUUACUCUUUACUCUUUCGCUUCAUUGAGUAAAUUGAAAAAAUAUUAUGAUAUUACUUCUUAUGGUGAUGAUACUGUCCAGCGUCUUGUGGUGGUUUUGAUGGCAUUCUCCCUCUUUAUUUUCAUCUUUUCUGCAUUUAAGCUUAUUAUUGCUGCUCUUCUUUAUAUACCGCUGAUAUUUAUAAUCAGAGUCAUUAAUGAUCUUUUCAGAAUUGGUGAGCUUCUUGAAAAAGAACAAAUUUAUGAUAGUGAUCCUUCACUUCCACCUUACGCCAGAUCUUCAGCAUUGCCAUACUCAGACAAUUUUAUACCUUCGACUGACAUGACACGGUCAAAUUCCCCAGAUCCAAUGACGGUUGGGCCACCACCUUAUGCAUCGAAGACUGGUACACCAAAUUAUGCUCAAAGCUCUGCCGCUCCUAAUUAUGGUCAACCUCAUCAGAAUCCUCUAUACCGUUCUAACACGACUGAUUAUUCAAAUCAACUUCAUCCUAAUGAUAUACCACCUCAUCUCAAUUCUGAGAUGUCUUACAAUAACUCUGGACAAAAUCAACACGACCCAAUAAUAGCUCCACAACAACCUUAUCCUCCUAAUCCUUCUCAACCCAAUUUCUCUCCAAUGAACCAUUCUAACGUAAUUUCACCAGAACGCUUUGGCAAUAAUUUAGGGCCUGUUUCGGAACCUAUUCCUGUUAUCAGACAAAAUCAGCAAAACCCAAUAAUACACCCAAUAAUACCACCGCAAGCUACUUCGCAGCCAAUAUUGUCAGAUAUGGGCCAUCCGCGACAACAUUAUCCUAAUCAUGGAUCUCCUCAGCCAAGUCCUUUUCCACCAAAUCGAUCAAAUGAAACUGCACUGGAGCGUCCUUAUAAUAAUUUGGCUGCCGUUCCUGAACCUAUCCCUUUCAUCAAACAAAAUCAACAAGAUCCUGCAAUAUCACAAUUACCAAUUAAUAAAUCUAAUAUAACUGCACCAGAACGUUCUUACAAUAAUUUUAAUAAUUUUGCAGCUGUUUCUGAGCCUAUCUCCUUUGCCAGACAAAAUCAACACGAUCCAAUGAUAACAUCACAUGCAACUUCACAACCAAUAAUGCAUCUGCAACAGCCUUAUCAUAAUGGAUCUCCACAACCCUUUUCAAUGAAUCGAUCUAAUGUUCCUGUUACUAGACAAAAUCAAUACGAACAGAUAAUAGAAGAACGUUCAAUAAAUAACAGUGGAUAUGUUCCAAAAUUUUCUAAUGAAGUACACGAAACCGAUGGUGAUGGUGAUAGAAAUUCUUAUUCUCCGUACAUAGGAUAUUAUCAAAAUACACA